UACAGACAGCAUGGCUGUGUUGGUUUCCAGGCUGACCACUCGUAAGUGAUUUUAGCCAUUCAGUAGGUAUGAACGAGCGUCAUGAUGCCUUGUACAGCCGAGCGCGAGGUGUUCUCAACCAGAACCUCAAACGGCUCUGGUUUAAGGUCAAUCCUUAUUUGGAGAAGAAAGAGACGCUGGACGCACACCCAGAGUCGCCCACACGUUUUAUCCCGCCUCUGCAGUCCACUGUACUGACCGAGAGUUUACUGGACAAGGACACGCUGGAGCAUAGGGAGCUGGAAAUAGGAGGAUUCUGGGCUUUCCUGUACUCCGACAAAUGGCGGGGUCACUGCUCUGUCCGGGUGACGGAGGGACAGUUGCUGGAGACUAUGAUGGCUACUCUUCAUCAGCUGGAAAAUGAUGGCGAGGUGAUCCAUAAAAACACACAUGCGUACGCCCGGAAUGAGCGCGAGAGGCGGGGCUGUUAUAGGCUGGCGAAUCAGGAGGGAUGUGAUACGGUGCAAGAGACCCUUCUCUUGGAGUUUACAUACUAUGGUCGUCGAAAGCCACGGUCUCCAAAUAGUACGUCCGAUUCCAGUAGUUGUUACCCAGGUAACGGAAGUACCACCAGCACCACGUGGCCGACUCCAUCUCCUUCCUGUCCCUCUAGCACCGAAACUUACACCGCAUUCACAAACUACACAGCAGACUCACCGAAGUCACAAG